AGGGGGGGAGGCGCAGGUGGAGGUGGAGGUCCCGGAGCCGGUCGCUUUAGGGAGGGGGGACCCCCUCCUCGCGGAGGAGCGACAGACUUCAGGGAACCGUCUGAAGAGGAGCGCGCUCAGCGGCCUCGGCUGCAGCUGAAGCCCCGGACCGUCGCCGCGCCGCUCAACCAGGUCGCCAACCCCAACUCUGCCAUCUUCGGCGGAGCGAAGCCACGAGAGGAGCAACCCUGAUUCAUUUAAAUCAGCAGCCACAUACUCCUGACCAGAGGGUGGCGCUGACACGUCGACUCGCCAACAGAAAAGAAGAAACUUAAAGGAUUUUUUUUUUUGUUGCUGUUUUUUUGUUUUUUCAGAAUUGAAGCCGACUCCCACCCGGAAAAGUUUUGUAAGAUAGAUUAUGACCAUGAAGUUAUUGUCAGUUUGUGCUUUAAACUAUGAUUUCUACAUUCAUUGAUUUCCCGCUCUUGAACCUGCGGAGGGCGUGCACCUGGCCCAGGUGAGCUCUCAGUGUGGAUCAGACGAGCAGCGUUUCAACCUUCAGUCGGUGGUUUUCGGUCGCGUCGCUUUCAGAACGUGUUUGUCGCUGAUGAACACUUUGAAUCGCUUCACUGUACUAUAGAAUAAAAAACGGCUGUUUUAACUUUUUUUGUUGUUAAUUUUUUCCUACACUGUUUAUGGCAAUAAAACUAUCAUCAUCAUACAUCAA